CUAGAAAUAGAUAAUGUGGUAGCAGCCUGUGCAAGUGCUUCUAAUAUUUUGCAAGUUGAAAAUGAAAAGUUGAAUGAUGGAAACAUUAAGGGAGACUGCUCUGCCAUUACUUUUAAACCAUUUGAUUUGAUCACACACCAUGCUAAAAAGCGAACAACCAGUGGAUCAAAAAUUGCUCCUAUGUGUCCAUCAACACCAACAUCAAGACGACGUAUUAUUGCACGAAAGCAUAACCUUACACCCAAUUGUGCCAGACUAUACCACGAAUUUGCUAAGUCUCGUAAGCAACUACGAUUCAGUGUGAGAGCAAGACGAGCUUUGAAAUUCUCGAAAGAAAUGUCUUUCGAAAAAUUAACAGCCAACAUGAACCCGCUGGCAAAAAAAAUGAUGUGGAUGCAAAUAAAGCAAUGCCCAAAAAAAAUGAAGGGAAGACGUUUUACAGAUGAGGAAAAAUUAAUAUCAUUGGCUAUUAUGAAACAAAGCCCUAAAUGCUACAAAUUUUUGCAUAAAAUAUUUAUUUUGCCAUCGAAGCACACAUUAAAUAAAAUGAUAGCAAAAUUAAAUAUUGAAUCUGGUGUUAAUAGCCACAUUAUGGAAGCUGUGAAAAAAGAGGUUGACUCGUGGCAAGAUAAUAAAAAGUACUGCUCAGUGUUAUUUGAUGAAGUGGCAUUGGAAACAGAAUUGAAUUAUGACAAGCAUAAAGAUGUUAUAGAUGGGUUUGUGGAACUCAACGAACGCACAAAUGAUUUCGCUGACCAUGCAUUAGUCUUUAUGCUACGGGGUGCUGUCUAUAAAUGGCAGCAACCCUUAGUUUUCUACUUUUGCAAAGGAGCAACGUCCAGUCAGACUCUGAAAAGCAUUAUCAAAAAUGUCAUCUGUGCUGUUGGGCAGUCAGGAUUACUACCAAUAGCUCUGGUAUGUGAUCAGGGCUCUGCAUUCCAAUCGGCAGUGAAAAGUCUUAAAGUAGAUACACGAAGGGAUCAAAUUAAAGGAGGAAAACCUUUAGAUGACGUCAUCGUGGUAAAUAACCACACAUUGAGUGUCUUUUAUGACCCUCCACACCUCAUAAAGGGCAUAAGAAAUAAUUUUUUAACAAAAAAUAUUAAAUUUGAGGGUAAAAUAGCCAAGUGGGAAGACAUUGUGGAUGUGUAUAAAACUGACUGCAACCAUACCGAGAUGAGGUUGUUGCACAAAUUAAAUGACGAACAUGUUAUACCUGACAAAAUAAAGAAAAUGAAGGUCAAGAACUGCGUACGUGCCUUGAGCAAAACAGUUGCAGCCACAUUAUGUUAUACAGCACAAUUUUCACACUAUACUAAUGGAGAAAGAGUGAGCAAAACUCUACAAAAUACAGCGGAGAUUGUUUCAUUUUUUGAUGAUCUAUUUGAUUCUGUAAAUUGAGCGAGCCUCGGAGGGAAGAAAAACAGAGGAAAACCUUUGAGACACGCUGUGACAGAAAAAUCAAUACACCAUGAGUUUUGGAAUACUUCUAUUAAAAAACUCAAAGGAAUACGAUUUGUGGACAAAUUUGGCAAAGAAUUGACUGUACCUACGUUAAAAAAUUGGGUGACAACCUUGGAAAGUUUCCAAAGAAUUAAUAAUUUUUUUAAAAGUAAAGGCAUUAAAAUUAUGCG